AUGUGUGACGCAUCCGACUAUGCGGUAGGAGCGGCGCUGGCUCAGCGCGAAGGUAAGGACCCUUAUAUAUUUGCUUAUGCUUUUAAGACUUUAGAUGGUGCUCACUUGCAAGCAAUAUCUGAGGUGGUUCCUUGGUAUGGACCUAUAGCUAAUUAUUUGGUUAGUCGUACCUUUCCUCCUAAUUUUACUAAGCACCAAAAGGACAAGCUUAAAAGCGAGUCCAAGUAUUACAUAUGGGAUGACCCAUAUUUGUGGAGAUGUGGUGCUGACCAAAUAAUAAGAAGGGAUGCUAUUGCUUUCUGUGAAUAUUGCCCCCCAUGUCAAAGAUUUGGGAAUAUAUCCAAGAUGGAUGAGAUGCUUCAACAUACUGAUGAUGCUAACGUUAUUGUCUCUUUUGUUCGAAAUAAUAUUACUUGUCGCUUUGGAUCCCCACAAGCAAUCGUGAGUGAUCAAGGCACUCAUUUUUGUAACAGGAGAAUGACAGUUCUAUUAAAGAAACAUGGCAUUAUUCACAAGGUGGUGACGGCUUACCAUCCCCAAAUCAAUGGGCAAGCCGAGGUGUCUAACAGAGAGAUAAAACGCAUAUUGGAGAAGAUUUUCAAACCUCAUAGAAGAGACUGGAGUACUAGACUUGCAAACGCGCUUUGGGCUUAUCGGACAGCUUACAAGACACCAAUUGGAAUGAGUCCAUUCCACCUAGUCUAUGGGAAGGCUUGUCACCUUUCGGUUAAGGUGGAACACAAAGCUUUCUGGGCGGUGAGAGAAUGCAGCCUAGGAUUGGGGGAAGCCGGGGCCGAAAGGAAGCUACAACUACAGGAAUUGGAGAACCUUCGGCUGGAAGCGUAUGAGAACUCAAGGCUCUACAAAGAAAUGGUGAAGGCUGUGCAUCACAAGAACAUCAAGAGAAGAGAGUUUAGAGCUGGAAAUUUAGUCCUCCUCUAUAACUCAAGGUUGAGACUCAUGCCAGGCAAGUUGAGAUCAAGGUGGAAAUGCCCCUAUAGAGUGGAAAAGGCUGAGCCAUAUGGAGUCUUCCACCUGAGUCACCCUUUAAACCCCACUUUCUUCAAGGUCAAUGGCCACCGCUUGAAGCUAUAUCAUGAUGAGAAGAAGAAGAACAACAAGGAUCUGGAGAUCUUCCUCUUGGCGGAUCCAGCAACAGAUGAAGACUGA